UUCUAGCUUCAGUUUUAAAGACUGGCUGAUGAAAUCUAAAGCAGUGAAGUCUAAACAAACUGAAACUAGAACAACCUACAGGAUUAACACAGAGAUACAAUGUACAACACUGAGAGAUCGGAGAUAGCCCAUGUUAUUUAUGAUAAUGUGAUGACAUGGACUGAGGAGAGAGAAGAAAGAGUGGAGAUGAUGAUAGAUAUCUAUGAAAGUUUGGAUCCUGUCAGUCAUCAUGAUCUCAGGACACACACAGAGAAACACCAGACACUUCAGCAUACAGGAAGUGUCUCAGUGGAGAACAGAAAGAGUACAGCACCUGUAGUGUGUUUGUGUCUGCUGUGUUUUCUUCUGCUGACUGCUGUAUUAGUGCUGUGUGUGUAUUUCACAACCGAGAGAAACCAGUUACUUACUCACAUCAGUAACCUGACUGAAGAAACUGAGCAGAUAAAAAACAAGUUUGACAAACUCCAACAUGGCCUUUAUGAACAAGAUCAGCGUACUGACAACUUUAAAUGGAUUUACUACAACUUCAGCUUUUAUUAUAUUUCAUCUGACUGGAAGAGCUGGAGUGACAGCAGACAAGACUGUCUUAAUAAACGAGCAGAUCUGGUGAUAAUAAACACCAGAGAGGAACAAGAAUUUUUACAGAAGGUUGUUGGGAGUGUUUUUUUUUGGAUUGGUCUAAAAAAAUCAGGAGUGUGGAAAUGGACUGAUAAUUCAACAUUGGCAAAUUGGUGAGAAAUCACUGAAUUUAACAUUAGCCUGAAACCUUUUCUACAGUUGGUAUCAUAUCAUACUAAGUCUACUGAAAAUUAAACAAUCUGCUUCAUUGUUGUUUCAGGCACUGGAGGUCUCAGUAUCCACGUUCAUACGGUGAUUGUGCUCUGAUGUCUUCAACAGGUUGGGUAAAAGAGAGAUGUACUGAUCUUGAUCAAUGGAUCUGCGAGAGAACAAUAUGUACAUACAGUAAAAUAAACCUAUCAUGUUUUUGAAAAGAGGUAUCUCUUUAUAAUUCAAACUAUAUUGUUGUUCAGUACAAAUCAUCUUGAAAUUGAAAAUCUUUACUAUGUG